GCCAGUCAACGCGGACGGUGCACGAUGCGCGCGCGGUGAAAAAACAAUCACGAUGUUGUUCGAGAGCCCCAAUGCCAAGCUGUUCCCUGCCUUCAACAUCCCGCCACCCGUCCGGCUCAGUGGUGCGCUGGGCGGCGUCGAGGUGUUGGACGGCGGGUUGGUGGGCGGCGAGCUGACCGCACAUGUCUUGAGCGCGCAGGCUGCCGCGCACGCCGCCGCCACCGCCGCCGCGGCCGCCCAUCAACAGCAGCAGAUGGCAGUGCAGCAAAUCAUUCUCCCGCCCACAGAAACGUCUCCGUCGUCCGGUCGGUCGACCCCGGUCAAUCCUGCAUCCGUAGCACCACCCACUGGUGCUUCAUCACCGUCUCCAAGCAAGCUCUUCGUGGGCGGGCUCAGUUGGCAGACCAGCUCCGACAAGCUGAGAGAAUACUUUGCGAUGUUCGGACCGGUGACCGAUGUCUUGAUUAUGAAGGAUCCGGUUACACAGCGUUCGCGCGGCUUCGGCUUCAUAACGUUCCAGGAGGCGUCGUCCGUCGACAAAGUGCUGGCUGUCCCUGUCCACACCCUGGACGGAAAACGCAUCGACCCCAAGCACGCGACGCCGAAAUCGGCCCCUCGCCCCGCCAAGACCAAGAAGAUAUUCGUCGGCGGCGUCGGACAAGACACUUCUGCCGAAGAAGUACGCGCGUACUUCUCCCAGUUUGGAUUAGUUGAAGAUGCGGUCAUGCUGAUGGAUCAGCAGACCAAACGCCACCGCGGCUUCGGCUUCGUCACUUUUCACUCUGAGGAGGCAGUGGAACGCGUUUGCGAUAUCCACUUCCACACGAUCAAGAAUAAGAAGGUGGAGUGCAAACGCGCUCAGCCGAAAGAGGCUGUAGCGGCUGCACCUUUAGCGCUCGGCAAGAGGCUGGUUCUACGGCCGGGCCGUGGCUUGGUGUAUGCCACUGGAGGCGUCGGCGCCGUGCCGGCCGUCGGCGCCGCUCACGCUUACAGGUACGCUCCCUACGCGCUGCCCACAGCCGCCGCCACAACCACCCUAGUGGCGCCACCGGCACCGGCGCCGGCGCCCGCUCUGCCGCAGUUCGGCGCCGCUUACUCUCUAGCCGGCGUCGACAUGUCCUCGUUCCAAGGCGUCGACUGGGGCGCCAUGUACGGACUCCCCAUGUACAUCUAAGCUCUCCGGCGCCACCCCGAAGGUUAAUAGGCCGCGCUGCGACUUUUUCUUUUCACGACAGUUCCUAUGUUUUACUUUAGGCUCGUCGGCUAUCAGUAUUGGCGUGUAGGCUAGCUCGGUCGCACGACCGUUUCAAAGAUGACGCAUUUUUUAUUUAAGGUGAUCUCAGAUAUAAUUUAGGAUGCGAGAGGAAGCAAUCUCCCACUGUCAUGGUUUAGUAGAUAGUGCACGAACGUUGGCAAUAUAUUCUUAACUAUUAUUUAUAUUGUAGCGACGAAUGUAUGAAUCUCAUUGCAGCUCUGUAUUUUUUAUUAUAAUAAGCGUAUUAUUAACGCGCUGCGACUCGUGACGUCAUGGUUUUAAUAGUGCCAUUUUGUUCAAAGAUGUUUCAAUUAGUUUUCGAUACACCCUACAAGCGAGCCGAUCUCGUGGUCAGUUACAUUUCAAAUAUGAUUUUUAUUCGAUGACGUUUAAUUAAGGACAGUUUGCUCAAAUUUAGUAUUGAAAUUCCUACCUUAAAUUGUGCCAAAUCGUCAUUUUUUGUAGGAUGUAUAAAAUAAUCUUCAAUUAAUAUUAGCUAUUUCGAUUUCACGAGCUUAUGUAAGAUGGCAAACGCAAUUUUACCGUAGAGCAAUAACGAGUUGUAGUAACUGGAACGUUUUACAAAAAAAUGACGUGAACAUCGAGAAAAUGCUAAAAAUAGGCGUCUUUCGUGCUUUGUUGCGUUCAAAAACCGCGCUUUUGUGACCGUACAUGACAUUUCGUCAUAAUGACGCGCAACGUUGACGAAAAUGACGCCUCACCGUCAUAAUGACGCCCAUCACGUCACGGGGCGUAGCGCGCCUCACAGCUCACGUACUCUCACAUACAUAUCUAACUGAGUAAGCAAUUCAUAUACAUAAUAUGUAUGACUUAUUUACGUAGAUAUAUUUAUAGUGUGGGCCGAGAAUGUUGCAGUGGCAUUUAAAUAUACGAAAUAUAUUAUAAUAUAAUAUAUUAUUUACAGCAGAUUUACGUAUAUUUGCGCUUUAAAAGGUCAGAGAAGAGUUUUAUUUUUAUUGUUUGAUUGUUUGAUUAUAUUUAAAUAUUAAUAUGUAUUGGCAACUUUUCGGUUAAUAUUUCCUUGAAACAGUUGUCUCUAUUUAUAGAUAUUUAUUAUUUUUAGCUAUUUAAUAGUUAUAAUUUAUCAACAUAGCUUAAUUAAAAACCAUCAGUCAAACCUGAUGUCUCGCAAUAAUAUUAUGUAAUAGACAGAUACAUGCAAUAUAAGUCAUAAAUCAAACUACUUCCACUUUAAGUGCCACUGCAUCGUCUCAGCUAUAAGUAAUUAGUAUUAUAAUUAGUGUAGCUGAUACCAGGGAAUGCGAUAUGCAACUAACACCGCAGCGUGUCAAAUGACAAUAAGCUAUAUAUAAGCUGUAGACAGCCUGCCUUUGCCUGCGUUCCGUCGCCGAACCACCCUGGUCGUGGGUUAUAAUGACAACUAUAGUUUAACCGCUGGAUUGUGCCAAUCGAAAUCUUGCCAGACCACCGCGUUGGGCGCCAUCUUUCAAGCCACCACCGCGUUGGGCGCCAUUUUAGUCGGCAUUUUACGUUUGAACGUGUAUGCUUAAAAAUUAUUCGGAAGCAAAACUGUAACUUAUCAUUCAAGAAAUAGUCUUGCCAUCCCACCUAGUGAGGUGCCAUUUUAGUAAGCAGAAAGUCUUAAAACAAUUUAUGACCUUAGGCUUCUUAUAGACGCAUUACAGCUGCAUUAGAACUGCCAAAGCUGCAAAAUUGGUAGUUUGGUGUUGUUUGAAACAAUAGUUACGACUGCACGUUUGUAAUUGCUUCAAGAGAAAUUCAACUUCAAUAAAACUGUAAUAACUAACGCAAAAAUAUACAGUUAGCACUUUCAAUACAAUAACGCCAACUGCAUCCAAACUGAAAUUCUGCAGUUAGGAGUCCUAAAGCAGUCUGUAAUAAGUCUCUUACCCAGUGUCAAGUGAAAAACGUGACCAUAAAGUAACUACUGAUGAAAAUUUAUCAAAUAUUAGCUUGCUUUGGUUUUUAUAGUAUACAAGGCAAUGUAAACGCUAGUGGGACAUUAUACUUAAUAAUCUCAAACUCUCAAUUACAAAACGUACUUAAAAGUUACUUAAAAAUAUAUUUUACGUGAAAAAUCAUAGACAAAAAACAUUAGACCUCUAAAAGGAAUUGGUCAAAAUCAAAAUUCUAAAAACACCAAAAAUGUGUGCAAUUUAUUCUAACAUUUAUAAAUGUCUUAUUUAAUAUGUUUCUAUCCAUGCCAAAAAACUGCUUUGUACUUUUUAAAAAACGUGACAUUAAUCCACCUAACUAUCUUACAUACAUGUUUAAAAGGUAGAUUAACUUUAUACGAUUUACAUUUAAAAUAACCGUUUCGUGUUUCAACUGUUUUUGGCUUUGACCAAUUUCAAUUCCGUUAUUUUUAAAUCAAAAAGAACUCGGAGCAGUCCCAUUGGCCGUAGUACUUAAUUUAUAGUAUUAAUCGACGAAAGCAAUAUAAAUCUUCUAUCCUGUGAUUAGAAAAGUAUUAUUAACUAUAUAAAAGACAAACAAAUAUAUGGUUGUGUUCGUGCAAUUCCUAGUUGUAAGUCGAAAUUCUCAAGGACAUGGUCCCUUAAAAUUCAAGUACUUAAAAUUUAGUGAGAUCAUUUUCUAAUUCUGUAUUAAUAGAUAGGUUUUGGUAAUAUAUUGUUAGCGAAAAUUAGCAAGUCUGCUCAAUAUUGGAGGUCUAUCAUAAGUAUGGCGCGGCGACGCAGGCAAAGUCGGGCAACAGUGUAGAGUGCAUGCGGUAGCUUGGAUGGCCAGAGCCCUCCGCCGGUUCACCACCGUAUCCUUGGCACGUGGAAAUUCCUUCUCAGUGUUUUAUUUUGUUUUUUUGCUAAAUGCAAAUAUAUUUUAUCAGAUUUUUUUUCUUGAAAAACUCGACAGCCUCAGGUGACAAUUGAAUCAAAGUUCUUGGUGACUUUUCUUACUUUCUUUUCUACCUGUUUGGUGACUCAGUGGUUAGAGCAACCGCUCAGCAAGGGAUUGGAACUCAAGAUCUUUCGCUUGCGUUGCCGGGACAGCUGUAACCGUUGAGCUACUGAGAUAUUGGUUAACCUGAUUGGUAGCUCAGUGGUCAGAGCUGAUGCUCAGCAUGCGAAAGAUCGUGAUUUAAACUCAAGGCAGUAGAUUUUUUCAAAUAAAAAUGUCUCCAGUUGACACCUGCCAUGGUGAUUAAUUUAAAAAUAGAUAGUAUAAUUUUCCGGAAAUUUUCAAGGGAUAUAAUUGUGAAGUAAGAAUUUGUUCCUACUUAUUAUUUUUAAUAUCUCAAUAUUGUUCGUUUUUGGAAUUUUUUUAUAUUUCAUGGCAUUAUUUUAAAUUUGAACUUCCAAAAAAGUUACAAUACGUUUUUUAUUAUCCAAGACAGGCAGUUUUUGUCAAUUUUCUUCUUAUCCAGUGACUAUGAAUCUCGUUGCAAUUAUUUUUUUGUUUUUAUUUUGUAUAUAUUUCCACGCGCCAAGGCUACCGAGUGCUAUAUCACAUGUAUACACAUACCUGCCCUUAUCAUAGCAGUAUUCUUAGCAUAAGUAGGCUAGACCUCUUGAGAUUAUUUCGCGGGCGGGGCGAUUCUGCAUCGAAUUUGUACCUUAUUUUUAUCACGGCAGCUGCUUUUAUUUAUUUAUGUUUCUAUGUUUGUUUUAACCCAAGCGGUUGUGUGUCAUUGAUUCGUAGAAGAGUGUUUAUUAGAUAUUUAUUUAUAUUUUCAAAUUCGAUCCCGGAACCGAUCCGCCCGCCGCUCAUUAAAUUAAAACACCUUUUGUACAUUAGCAUUUUUUCCCCUGAAAUUUUCAGUAUUAGAUGGUUGAUAAUAUUAUUGUGAUGUCUGACUAGUAACCCUCCGCGACGACCGCUUGGUGUCUUGCCAAAUAUUAGAUGGAGCGGCGUCCUUAGUAUUGUACUUAAUUUCCUUCGUAAUUUAUAUGAUUUCACGCGAUAUUUCACGUUGAUGACAGUCGCAGUGAAGUAUCGGAUGAAAUGGAAAGUAUAUUUUUUAUUUUAUUUUUUCUAAACACCCCUGUACUUGUUACGUUGGUAACUUGGUUUCGCUGUCGCUCGUCGCCACUUGCUCUCACGAGCGCGGCCGCCGAGCGACGGCAGUAGGCUAGCUGUAGAUUGUAUUUAGCUGAACUAGUUGGCCCGUACAUAACUGUAAUGGAGCACUUAGACGUACCCAUUUGUGUCAUUACAUGAUUAUUAUUAGAAAAUACAAAAUUGUGUGUUUUAUUUCGUAGUUUAAAUGCGUGGGGUAGAUCUUUUGCUGGGUUGCGGUUUUAAGGAGCGUCCACAGUGUAUAUAUUUGUAUAUAACGAGUGUGAUUGGUUACAUUGCUAUUUAUUAAUAACAAAACGUCAAUAUCUAACAAUGGCGCUUUGUAUAUUUGUUGUAUAUUAAAUAUGUUACACUCCGGACUCUCCUUUACACUUUGAAUGCACGUUUUUUCCGUUUUUGAGUAGAUUUGAGUGUGAUAUUUUGGAACUGCGAAAAUAUUUGCCCCACGGCGCGGUACCUAUUCUCUUGGGGUAACAAUGGGGAGACCACCAGAUCGGUAAGUCUGCGACUCCGACGCAUGCAUGGGUGUAUCCGGUUUACGGUAUUUUGUCGCAUCAUCAUUUCGCUACUGGGGCAGUAUUAGCAAGCUGUAGUCGUCGAUACAACAAAAUUGCAUGGAAGUAUAUUGAGAUUUCAUGUACUUGUGGUUUUUUAAGUUUUUCACAUUGACUAAUUAUUUAAUUUUGUUCCUAUUGUUAUUCAAUUACAGUAUGUCAGUAAUUUCAUGCUAUUCAUUUGUUUAUUGUAGACUACACUUGGUAUUAUACACGGGUAGAAACAGAUCAUCGUAUUUAUUCUUCCUGGAUACACCCAUGACGGCAUGUAAUGUAUAUUUUAGAUUAGAAGCGCGUCUUGUACUAACCUCUUCAACUUCGGCAUGGUUGGCAUGACUUGAACACAGAUUCUUCCAUUUGAUAACUUCACUGUCAAUUUCCAAAAGGCAAUUGCCGCACGUUGGUUGUGAAACGUGCUAUUAAGGCUCGCCUUUUGACGUGUAUGUGAUAGAAUGAGACAGCGCCAUACGAGUGAAAACGACGAAGGUAUAGUCGACAACCCCAACUAGUCACAUUCGCUUAGCUGCGUCCCGUUCUAAUCCAGUACUGUCAAAAGGGACGCCGAUGAUGUAGUCACGUAGUUUAGGCCGAGUAGUGCUUCGCUUGGCCCUCGGUGGGUCACUCAAGUCUUCCUGGAGGUCUGUCCAGCAACUUGAGUGCAUCUGAAACAUCAAAAGAACAUACUUGAAUGUUGAUCUUAGAAAUGCCUUCUGUCAUAACGAAGUUAUACUUAGUUUCGCUCUAUUCACUAAAUUUCAAGCUUAAAGUUGGAUGGCAGCUGCCAGUAAACAUCCUAUGGGAUACAAACCAGGGAACAAUGACUAACCAACCUUUAUGUACCUUCCGUGACAUUCUUCAAAUAAUUCCAUGGCUAUAUCGAUGAUAUCAUCAUAAAAUUAGUCUAGCUCUUGCACCACACGAGUUGCUCGUCAGACCCACCGGUAUCGUGAAGAGAAUUCUUUUGCCAAAUUCAGGCCAAAAAUUAGCCAAAAUUAUCCAAUUGUUUGCUCAAUUUCUCAUGCUGUACAAAAUCGCGGCCACACGUAGAAGGAUGUAGUAUCGGGAGAUGAAUUAAGAUGUAACAAAACAUGGAAGAGACGUAUGACUAAUGCCUUUAAAUUGUAUAACACUGAAAACAAAAAUGCGUUUUUAAUAUCCGGUAAGUUUGUACCUGAAUCUAUUUGUGUGACAUACGUCUGUCUCUUCGUAUCUACUCAUGGCUUUGUAAACCAUAAUGCGCGGCCUAAAUACUCUUUUGCAUUAUACAUAGAUAUCUUGAACAGUUUUAAUUCAUCUCGAUUAGGACAUAGAUAAUGGAUGCGACGUCUCGACAAGAUGGCGGCCGUAAUGGCGGGAAACAAUGGCUGCGAUGUAUUUUCGGUAUAGUUUCGCCAGACUCGCCUGUUCCACGCCACGUAGCUUAAGAGUGAGACAAUAAUCCGAGGACUAUGCCAACGGACGCUUUUAAAACUUUGAACGAUAAUUCGUUGCCAUAAACAUUCCUCUCUAGUCAUUUUUAGUUAGUCUAUGGAACCAUUCAACGUUGAGUGAGAUACAGCCACAGCGACCCGACUUGCGGCUUUUAUACCAAGCUAAUUGGUAAUGUAAGUCAAAAUUUAAAGUUAAUCUUAUAUUAAAUUUCUAGGUUAUAAGUGCGUUCGCUGGUCUGAUCUCUGUGGCUACUUAACUAGCGGGAAAACUACAGAGUCUAAUCUUGCUCAAUACUUACUCUUCGAGUAGACGUAGAUGGUUUUUAUCUGAUAAAGCUUCGCAGUAGUAAUGUGCCAUAAACGCAAUAGCACGCUCCAGAUGUGCUUCGAAUCCAGACAAUCUGGACCAAAUGUAAACAACAUUUAAAUAUAUUCUUAAAUUAAGGUCAAUAAUAUAUACAUGGAUUGAAUAUACAAUUUUUGGAUUGGUAUAAUAUAAAAUAUGUUAAACAAGUAAUAAUAUGUUGUGUGUUUUAAUGUAUGGCGAUGCUAGAGUAGCAGUGUAGCGUAGAGAUUUUGAGGUUUUACAUAUUAUAAUAAUGAUAUAAGUAAAUAACCGAAAGCAAUAAAUAACUUAUAAUAUAACAGCACGCGCGCGCUGCCCGAUGUGAACGCAAAAUAUUAUAGGCACUAAUGGACGACAAUGAGCAUCGAUUGCCUCAGCAAUAAAAGCUUUUCUCCUUCUAAUAAAAAAAAACCAUGGACAAUUAAAAUAAUUAUGUAGUCCAAAGGGUGAAGUUUCUGGCCUCUAUUAGCCUAUAGUCACGCUAGGCUUGUAGGUAGAUACAUACAUCUGCUAGUUCAGUGUAAUAACUACCCUCAAAAUAAUGACGAUAAAUUAAUAAUCUAACGCUUCAUACAAUCCAAAUAGUAUGGAACAGUUCAUCUACCCGGUGAAAGGAAUAAGCAACAUUGGGAUAUACACAACGAAUCUUCUGGUACAAUAUAAUACUUUGUAGAAAUUGGUUUUCGAUGCUCAUGCUUCUGUCUAACUGUAAGCUAAGCUAGAAGUUUGUAUCGUUAUUUCUUAUGGGGCUAAAGGAAACUAAACAAAAUUAGCUAUGUUAAUUAAAGAUCGUUGGUGGUAUCUAAACAGAGAGUUAAGAAAAUGGAAAAUAUGAUUAGGAUUACCUACCGUGGAGAGAUGAUUAAAUGGUUAUAGCUUAGAAGACAUUCAAAAUAAAGUCCCCAAAGAAAUAAUGAACACAAUUUGGUAACGUUAACAUAAGGAAUUGCACAUGCUAAGGGAACGGCAGCGCGCGCCAUUCUUAGAUUUACUGAUAUACACACUUGCAUACAAUAUAAAUAUUACAAUAUUUUUGUAUAAAUAGGAUUGGUGUACUCAGUAGCGAGGUAUUUGUACUUUAAAAGUUAUUAAUCGUGAUAAAUACGAACACUUGUUAAAUAUAAGUGAGAGUUUGUGAUUUUAAUCUCUUAGCGUAGGGCGUUUGCGCGCCACGUGCUUGAGGGCGUGCGGCCAUGUUUCUUUUUUGACAGUUGACGAAAUAUGGCGGCACAUCGAGUAAUCAUGACUUUGCAGUGCGAUUUCAAAGUCGAAAACUUGGAGAUCGUCGAUUUAAUGCUGUAUUUUUAUUGUUGCAAAUGUAUAACACCGCAGAGUCAUCCUGAGGCAGUAUUUAAACAUUCCUUUAAGUAUAUUUUGGUCGUAUUCGAUUAAUUGCAUUUUAUUUAUUGUAUGUAGUUAUCCUAUUUAUCGAUUAUUAUAGAUUCAUAGAUAGAGAUUUUAGUGAUGGGCUGUUUUUAUUUUAUUACUCAUUCACAGACUGCUAUAGAAAAUGUGCAAUAUUUAAUGAAUUCUAUAUGUAUAUUUUUUAAUACCCGUAGAUUGGGUUGGGGAUUGGUAGCCGUAGAUGCCCGUAACAACAUGUAUUACCCCGGCAUAGACACGUUCGACUAAACACUUGCAUCUGAGUCUAUGUGACGGGAGUCGCUCUGUAUACCCUGGCUUAUGUUGUGAUGAAGUAUCAUAAUAUUGAAUGUUUUGUAAAAACGAUACAAUACAUGUAGAAUUUGUAUUUGUUUAGCCUUUUUUGAGUAAAAAUAUGCUGUUGUAUAUUAUUAUUUUUUAUUCAAAAAGGGUAUUUAGUAAAUAGGAGGCGACUCCUAGCGCCCUCUAGCUAGCGGACGCAGUAGUGCGCAACGCGCGCUCCAACGCCAUUAAAUUAACUAUGGUUCAUCCUUCACUUAGAAAGUUAGAAAUAAAUGGUGACAAACACA